UGAAAUUUACACACCCAAGUUAUUUUACAAAAAAUGGAGAAACAACAAGAACGAGAUAAAGAAGAGACGAGAGUGACGGCGAAGAACGCCGGCACAGACGAGGGCAACGAAAACAGGCUGAACCACCCAGUAAUUUCGACUAUGGAACCUCUCACCCACGAAGCCUACGGCGGAGGAAUGUACGGGAAAGACGACGAUAAGCCGCCACCGAAGAAUCCGAGGGAACUACCGGCUAGUGAAACCCAAAGUGCCGAUGGACCGUCGGAAACGAAUCCUAAGGUGCUGAAGCAUAAACCGCCACCAUCUUCUGGUGAUCGGGAUAUUGAUAUCACCGGCCAAUCUUACAUCCAGUAGUGUUACAAGAAGUAUGUAGUUUUAAUGUUUCUUCGUUUACUACUUUCGUUUUUGUUUGUUUAUUUUAUGUAAGUUUUGUAUUGAAAAAAGCUUUACGAUUUGUCGAUUUACAUAUGUGAAAUAAUUGGAUUAUUGUAAAUCAUAUAUCUAAA